UAUCUUUCUGUACUUUUAAAAAUUUGUCAUAUAUCACAGUCUGGCAAUUAAGAAAUUAAUAGAGAAGUACAAAAACAGUUGCUUAAACCGUUGUUGCAUCCAGAUCACAAAAUUCAUGGUUAUAUACCAACGGGUGUAGAAACAGAGAAGGGAGAGGGUAAAGUUAAUAACAAGGAAUCAGAAGGAAAUGGAGUAAAAGAAAAUUAAUAUGGAAAAGAAGGGAUCAUAGGGAAGGGAUGAGGUUGAAGGAAAGCAGUGGGAGGACUGCGUGUGCAUCGUAAAACGGAGGAUGAUGACCUCCCCUAAGUUACAAAGCAUCUGCUAAAUAAAUGAUACGCUAGUUGUCAUAAGUCUAGUUGCCCUCAGCUUCAGAUGAAGACGGGUUGGCUCUAGGAUCACUUUGCUAGUUGUUCGCCAUCGUUCAGCCGUUUCAUGGGGCCGAAGGCCCUACGACUGGCCACGGCGUUCGUCGUGUUUCAGUUUCUUUUGCUGCGGGUGGAUUCCGUACGCGCGAAAUUGAGGAAACAGCGCUCGAAGUCUCUGCAAGCUCAGGAACCCGCGAACGGCGACUACAAUUACGAUUAUUACGAGAGUUACGAUGACUAUGAGGACAGAAACGAAACUGGAACCACGACCACACCGUCACCUAUCACUUCUUAUGAAUCCAAUAUUGCGAAUAGGGGUGGAUUACCUGCGGAAGGACUGCAAAGUCUUUACAGGGCGUCGUUGUCUACGGAUCUACCAACCCCAACGCCUACCCGAUAUUUCAAUCAAGAAUUACCAAACGAAUCGUAUACCACCCCCGAUCGCGACCACCCGCCGCAAACAGAAAUUGUACCCGAUGAAAGUAAUCUGAUAAACGCGGUCGCUGUACCUGGGCCAAGGGGUGAACCAGGGCGUCCAGGGGAUAUAGGUCGUCCAGGUGACGCUGGAUUCCCAGGGCAGCCAGGUACUCCAGGUAUUCCAGGACCUCCAGGACCACCAGGACCCGUACCAGACGUAUCACUGUACUACCAACAAUUGGGUUUAUCUCAAGCAAAUCAGGAUAAAGGACCAACAGGGCUAGCAGCGCCAUUAUACGGUCCAGAUGCUUAUUUACAAACUCAAGUGGGUCCCGCUGGUCCACGUGGUUCACCAGGUCCACCCGGUCCACCUGGGCCACAGGGGUUUCAAGGAGUGCGAGGAGAAUCGGGAGAGCCGGGAUCCCCAGGUCCUCCAGGGGCACCUGGACCGCGAGGAUUGCCUGGUUUACCCGGGAAAGACGGAAAUAUCGGCGAAGAUGGAGAACCUGGUCCCCCAGGAUCAAUUGGUCCCGUUGGCCCAAGAGGACUUCCAGGAAUGCCUGGUCUUCCCGGCAUGAAAGGACAUCGUGGUUUUCCAGGACUGGACGGAGCAAAAGGAGAACAAGGUGUAUCCGGGGACAAAGGAUCCAUGGGUGCGCCUGGACCAAUGGGACCCAUAGGUCCUAUAGGUCCUGCAGGUCCGCGUGGAGAAAGAGGUAGAGAAGGUCCACCUGGACCACCAGGAAUUAGAGGAGUGGAUGGGAUUCCUGGACCUUCUGGACAACCUGGUGCGGUAGGUAAACCGGGACCUCCUGGUUUCCCGGGAAAUCCUGGCGCGAAAGGUGAUCAAGGACCUCAAGGACCGAAGGGAAGUCAAGGUUUACAGGGACCUCGAGGUGAAACUGGUCGCCCUGGACAACCCGGUGAAUCAGGGCCGCAGGGACCUUCAGGAAGAGAUGGAGUACCGGGAGAAAAAGGGAGCACGGGUGCGCCUGGUUCGGUUGGACCACCUGGCUUUCCAGGAGCUCGUGGACAACCGGGAAUAGCGGGCAACCCUGGUAUCCCAGGAGCAAAGGGAGCACCUGGUUUCCCUGGCGAAAGAGGAUUCAAAGGAGACGCAGGAACUAAAGGCGACAUGGGUAGUCCAGGACCUCGUGGAGUACCUGGUCCUCCUGGAAAUGAGGGGAAACGAGGCAAAAGAGGAAUGCGUGGAGCAGUUGGGGCACCCGGUCCUGCUGGAGAACGCGGAGGACCAGGAGCGCCAGGUGUUCCAGGAGCAGAUGGGCCCAUGGGACCGAAAGGUCAACCUGGAGAACGUGGCCCGAUAGGUCCAACCGGUCCAAAAGGUGCAACAGGAGAUCCUGGUCGGUCAGGACCACCUGGUCUUCAGGGUGCACGAGGCUUAAUGGGUCGUCCAGGUGCUCCUGGGAAACCGGGUAAUCCAGGGGAGCGAGGAAUUCAAGGGGCUGAUGGAAAACCUGGUGAACACGGUCCGCCUGGCUCACAAGGUUUACCCGGUGCAAUAGGUCCUCCAGGAGAGAAAGGAUAUCCGGGCGAAGCUGGUAAAGCUGGAGAACCGGGGAAUCCAGGACCACCUGGUCCACGAGGUGACACAGGAAAAGAAGGACCACCUGGUUUGCAAGGUCCACCUGGUCCAUCAGGAGCUGAUGGUGAACGGGGACCUCCAGGUCCUUCAGGUCCUAGAGGUUUCCAAGGUUUUCCAGGCGCAACUGGUAAUCCAGGGUCUCCAGGAAAAGAUGGAGAGCCAGGUAUUCAAGGACCAUCUGGACCACCAGGUGUACCUGGUAAUAGAGGUGAGCGAGGAUUUCCUGGUGAAAGAGGUACCCCAGGAGCACCAGGAUUAAUAGGACCAAAAGGAGAAGCAGGUUCACAAGGAGCAGAUGGUUUUCCUGGACCACCCGGGCCGAAAGGAGACAAAGGAAUCCCAGGUCCAUCUGGGUUGGUAGGAUUACCAGGUUCACGAGGUUUUCCAGGUGAACCAGGACCGAAAGGAGACAGAGGGUCUGUUGGUCCACCUGGUCCUGAAGGGUCUCCAGGACGCAUCGGAGAACGAGGACCCCAAGGUCAGAUCGGUCCACCUGGACCACCUGGUGAACCAGCUGAACGAGGAGAUCCCGGGUUGCCUGGGCCUCCAGGAGAAGUUGGAGCUCCCGGUAGUCCUGGCGAGCGAGGACCUCAAGGACUACAAGGACUACAAGGCUUCUCAGGUCCACAAGGGCUCAUCGGAUUGCCAGGAUUAAAAGGCGAUCGUGGUUAUCCGGGUUUAAAGGGAGAUCAAGGAAAUCCUGGACCACCUGGUAGUCCUGGUGAAACUGGGCCACAAGGUCUGACUGGACUAACAGGAGCUAAAGGAGUAAGGGGUGAACCAGGUGCUAGAGGAGAACCGGGUAUAAUGGGACCUCCUGGAUCACCGGGCUUAGUAGGACCACCAGGUUUACCAGGUCCAGGAGGACCACCAGGAAUAUCCGGAUUACCGGGAAUUAAGGGUACUACUGGAGAAGCAGGACGACCUGGAAAUCCUGGACCGCCUGGAAAUCCAGGUCUACCCGGUGCAGACGGAAACAAAGGCGAAAGUGGUUCUCCAGGACCAUCAGGUCCACCCGGGCCUCAAGGUUCCCAGGGUGCUCCUGGUGAAAGAGGUUUACCUGGAUUACCAGGCUCUCCUGGACCUGUAGGUGCUAGAGGAAUGCGAGGAGCUCCUGGUGAAUCUGGAACACCUGGAAAACCAGGUCCAGAAGGUCCACCUGGAAGUCCCGGGCUGAUUGGACCGAUUGGGCCUCCUGGACCUCCUGGAGAAGUUGGGGCAGAAGGACCCACCGGUAAACCAGGACCUCCUGGAAUAUCUGGACGUCCAGGAGAUAAAGGACCACCUGGGCCAAUUGGGCAAACAGGAUUACAUGGUCCACCUGGUCCAACCGGACCACCGGGUCAGGCAGGACCUCCAGGACCAACUGGAGAAAGAGGUCCAAAAGGGGAAACGGGACCACAAGGUGUGGAAGGCCAACAAGGACCUAGAGGGAAGCCAGGACCUAUAGGGAUAGAAGGUGCCAAAGGUGAUCGCGGAGAGGAAGGAAUGAAAGGGGCUAAAGGUCACCGAGGAUUUACCGGUUUACAAGGUCUACCUGGACCUGCUGGUUUACCAGGGGAGAAAGGCAUGAUAGGAUUUCCUGGACCACCUGGUAAGGAUGGAGAUCCUGGACCUAGAGGCAGUCCUGGGCGAGAUGGCAGUCCUGGCCCAAUAGGUUUAAUUGGCAACCCAGGACCAAAAGGUCCUCCUGGAGAUGAAGGUCGCCAUGGACCACCAGGUCCACCUGGUCCUCCAGGGCCUCCAGGACCACCUGGUGAACUUGGAUUAGGAUAUGAUGCAGCUUCUUUAGCUGCUCUGUUAGGACAAGGACAAACUAAAGGGCCAGAUCCCCUGAUUGGAGAUGAACCACCUAGAAUGUUUAGUCAAGAUAUGACAGAAGAAGAAAAACAAAAACUUAUUCUCAAAGCAUAUAAGCACUUGAAGACAUCGUUCCAGAAAUUUAUAAAACCAAAUGGAGAAAAGAAUUCACCAGCUAAAACUUGCAGAGACCUUUAUGUUGCCUAUCCAAAUAAACCUUCUGGAGAAUACUGGAUUGAUCCAAAUGAAGGUGAUACAAGAGAUGCAAUUUUAGUACACUGUGAUGCUAAAAAACGUGCAACUUGUUUGUUACCAAGUCCCACACAUUCACCAGAAAUUAGGCAUGCUAUUGAACAACCAGAAAGUUGGUUAAGUGAGAUAAAGAAUGGAAUGAAGAUUACAUAUAAAGCAGAUAGUAAUCAAAUUGGCUUCUUACAAUUACUAUCAAAACAUGCAUAUCAAAAUAUAACAUACUACUGUAAAAAUACCAUAGCAUAUUUAGAUUCAGACAAAGAACUACACAGGAAAAGCAUGAAACUUUUAACGUGGAACGAUGUUGAAUUAACUCAGUAUGGAAAUCAACGUCUCAGAUAUAAAGUUAUGGUAGAUGAAUGUAAGUCACAUAAGGUAGAAUCAGGCAAAACAGUAAUCUUAUACGAAACCGAUAAACCUGUAAGGUUGCCUAUAAUAGAUAUAGCUUUACAAGACAUUGGAAAAUCUCGUCAAAGUUUCUACAUCGAAAUUGGAGCUGCUUGUUACGAAUAAUAAAAUGUAAUUCAAUAAGUAUAUUUACAAUAUUUUGGCUGUUCACAAAAACAAACUCUCAAUAAAUAUAAUAAAGUCUUCCAAUUA